UGAACCAAUGUACUUUAGCGGCAGUCCCACUCCAGUCCACUAGAUGGCGGUAAUUCGUCUUCUACUAGUCACUGUCUGCUGUCAAGCUCAAAAGAAUAAGCUCCGUAUCUAGGCACCGAGAGGAAGCGGCGGGGUGUGACAAUGCCUCCAUCAGAGCGCCUUCGCCUGGAACACGUCUUAGAAAUGGUUUCAGCUCUUGAAGCGGUCAUCCUUCGUAGUUUUGGUCCUGAAGGAGGUCAGGUGCUUUUUACUCGAAACACAGGACAGGCGAUGUUGAGCCGCAGUGGGACACGCAUCCUGUCUGCGCUACAUCUGGAGCAUCCUCUGGCCAGGAUGGUGGUGGAGUGCGUCUGGAAACACAGCAGAGCAACAGGCGAUGGAUCCAAAACCUUCAUCCUGCUUCUGGCAUCGUUGCUGAGGAUGAUUUCUAAAGCAAUAAGCAGGGAGCUCGGUGCGUCUCACACGUACGGUUUCACAGAAGCAGCAAAGGCGGCUGCUGCUCCUCACUUGGCCAACAAACUGCUGGAACUUGCGUCAUCGGAUCUGGACGACCUCGUUGCCGUAAACGUUGUGCCAUAUGGAUUCUGUCUGUCACUUGAAGAUUUCACCACACACAGAUUACUUCUGGCUUCGUUCUUCCACACACGUGUCAGUCAUGUUCACUGUAGCUACCUAAGCGAACUGACGUGCGAAAUGCUCAAUCGCUGGAAGCAUAAAAGUGACCUUCCUUGCGUCUCACUUCAGUUUCUGAGCGAUAACUUUCCCGCUCUUCAUACACCUGUAUCAGGCUUCCCCGUCAGCUCCUCCCGUUUAAUCGAAGGACAGGUGAUUCAUAGAGAUUUCGCCACGGCACGCCUCCCAAACAAGCAGCAACCCGUAAAAGCUGCCGUUUUCACAAACUACAUGCAGCCAGUGUUGCUCGGUCCAGGAGAUGUGCUCAAAGUGGGCUAUGGGGACGGAGUCACGGAGCAGAACACUAUGGUGCAUUUUAGCGCCUGGACAGAGAGGUCUCUGGAGAGCGUAAUUGCGAAGCUGCAGAGUCUGGGCGUCUCUCUGCUUCUGUCCGCCGUGAAGCAGUCUGACGCGGCGCUGGCGUUAGCCACACAGGCACACAUGAGCCUCGUGGAGUGUGUGAGUGAAGAGGAGCUGUCGCUCUUCAUGCAGCUGAGUGGAGUCACACCUGUUUCACGCGGCUGCACGAUUCAAGCGAAGCACGUCGCUGCACUCUCUUUCUGUCGACCAAUCCUUCUUGGAGCCCACAGGUAUGUGCACGUAGCUUUCUGUGAGGCGGCAGAAACAUGCGAGCUAAAUCCCUGCAGUCUUGUGAUCUGCGGCCCUGGAGAAGAGCAGACAGACCAAUAUAUAUGUGCAAUACGAGACGCCGUUUGCAUGCUAAUGACCACCUGGGAGCCCAAACACACGAGUGAAGCUGCAGCAUCACAUGGGACCGUGCAAUCAAACAAAAGCCCCGCCUCUUCAGAUAUGACAACCCAAAGCACAGCAAACGAGCCCUAUGUUCUGAAGAAGUGUGUGUUGGAGCCAGGUUGUGUCAUACCUGCUGGAGGGACAUUUGAAUUCCUCUUGAGCAAAGCCCUCCUGAAUUCUUCACUUCCUUCUGUUUCGCAGCUCCUGGCGAACGCCCUCCUGAGCGUUCCUCGCCAGAUUUACUCCCACAGUCCCAAACUUUUUCUGCAGGCUCAAACCAGGAUUAUGAGUUUAGUCCAAAAUCCCUCUAACUCUGUCAGGCUGAAGGAGUCUACGUCGGAGUCCACGGUGGACUUGGGCCUUGAAUCUGUCGCCUGUAAAUGCCAGCUGAUUCUGGCUGUGGUCCAGUGUGCAACCAGUGUUCUCCGAGUGGACACGGUGCUGCACGCACACACUGCGUUACACACACGAUCAAAGAAACACACAAACUCCUCACAGGACAGCACAGAGGAUGAAGAAGAGGACUGAGAUUCUCAUCUGCCCCCCCACAGAAAUAUACAACUGAAAAGUGUUUGCCCUUCACAGGUGUCUGAAGCCAUAUUUUAAUAUAUAUUUUUUUAUUAUUAAAGCUUUACAAACACUGA